AUGGAGACUCCGCUCUCAAAUGCGCUGCAGAAAAGGCAAGUGACCGCCAUUAUUUUCUCAUUACUACUGUGGGAGGUGGGCAGCGCGGCCCACAAGUAUUCCAUUCUGGAAGAGAGGGAGAGCGGUUCUCUUAUAGCUAACCUAGCAAAAGAUCUGGGGCUGGGAGCAGGGGAGCUGAUCGCGCGGGGUGCCCGGAUUCUCUCCAAAGGGAAUAAACAGUAUUUGGAGCUGGAAGAGAGGAGCGGAAAUUUGCUUGUAAAAGAAAGGAUGGACCGCGAGGAAUUGUGUGGUGACACGAAUCCGUGUUUACUGCACUUCCAGGUGUUACUGAAAAACCCUGUGCAGUUUAUCCAAGGUGAACUUCAGCUCCAAGACGUCAAUGACCACGCCCCGGAGUUCACAGAGAAGGAAAUCCUACUCAAGAUCCCGGAGAGCAGCCGUCCCGGGGCGCUGUUCCCUCUGAAAGCAGCUCAGGAUGUGGAUGUGGGCAGCAACGCGGUUCAGACCUACACCAUCGACGCCAGUUCCCACUUCCACCUCCUCACCCGCAACCUCAGCGAUGGCUGGAGAUACCCGGAGCUGGUGCUGGACAGGGCGCUGGACCGGGAAGAGCAGCCCGAGUUCAGGUUGACCCUCACGGCGCUGGACGGUGGGGUGCCUCCGAGGACUGGGACUUGCCAGGUCCUCAUCCUGGUCAUGGAUAUCAACGACAACGCCCCCGAGUUUGCUCAGCAGCUGUACCAGGUUCAGAUCCCAGAGAACAGCCCGCUAGGUUCGCUGGUCGCUGCUGUCGCCGCCAGCGACGCAGAUGCUGGGACCUUCGGGGAACACUCCUACUCACUUUUCCAAGCUUCAACCCAAAUCAUUCAGGCCUUUGAAAUAAACCCAGCCACGGGGGAAAUUAGAUUAAAACGACUAUUGGAUUUUGAAGAAAUUCAGUCUUAUCGAAUGGAAAUUGAAGCCUCAGAUGGCGGGGGUCUCACGGGAAAAUGCACCGUGGAAGUAGUAGUGACGGAUGUCAACGACAAUGUACCGGAACUGACCAUGUCCUUACUGAUCAGUGAGAUCCCAGAAAAUUCCCCGGAGACCUUAGUGGCUGUUUUUGGAAUUUCAGAUGCAGACUCUGGAGACAAUGGAAAAACAUUUUGUUCCAUUCAAGAACAUCUACCCUUUCUUCUGAAACACACCAUAGACAAUUUCUACACCUUGGUAACAGACGGGCCCCUGGACAGGGAGGCCAGGGCCCAGUACACCAUCACCAUCACUGUCUCUGACCUGGGCACGCCCAGGCUGCAGAGCCAGCACAACGUGACAGUGCACGUGUCCGACGUCAACGACAACGCGCCCACCUUCAGCCAGGCCCUGUACACCCUGUUCGUGCUGGAGAACAACAGCCCCGCGCUGCACAUCGGCAGCGUGAGCGCCAGCGACAGGGACGCGGGCACCAACGCCCAGCUCACCUACUCGCUGCUCACGCAAGACCAGGCAACGCAGCAGCCACAGGGACAGGGACAGGAGCAGGUGGACGUGGGCGCGCUGGUGGCCCUGGACGCGGCGAGCGGGCAGCUGUUCGCGCUGCGCGCGCUCGACUACGAGACCCUGCGCGCCUUCGAGUUCGGCGUGCGCGCGUCGGACGGCGGGUCUCCGGCGCUGAGCGGCGAGGCGCGCGUGCGCGUGGUGCUGCGCGACGCCAACGACCACGCGCCGCGCGUGCUGUACCCGCCGCGCAACGGCUCUGCGGCGGGCGCGUGCCCCGAGCUGGUGCCGCGCGGCGCCGAGGCGGGCUACGUGGUGAGCAAGGUGGUGGCGGUGGACGGCGACUCGGGCCGCAACGCGUGGCUGUCGUACGAGCUGCUGCAGGCCACGGAGCCCGGGCUGUUCGGCGUGUGGGCGCACAGCGGCGAGGUGCGCACGGCGCGGCCUGUGAGCGAGCGCGACGCGCCGCAGCAGCGGCUGCUGGUGCAGGUGCGCGACCACGGCGAGCCGCCGCUCUCGGCCAGCGUGGCGCUGCACGUGCUGCUGGUGGACGGCUUCUCGCAGCCCUACCUGCCGCGGCCCGACGCGCCGGCGGGGCAGGCGGGGCAGGCGGGUGUGGGGGGUUUGGGGGGCGAGGCUGGGCAGGCGGAGGCGCUGACGGUGUCGCUGGUGGUGGCGCUGGCGGCGGUGUCUUCUCUGUUCUUGGCGUCUGUGUUGGCGCUGGUGGCCGCGCGGCUGUGUGGGCGCGGCGGGGCCGGGGCUGGGGCUGUGGCGGUGGGGUCAGGGUGUGGGGUGUCUGUGGCCGAGGGCCGCUUCUUCCCUGCCGGGGCUGGGUGUGGUGGUGUGGGUCCUCUGGUGGACGUGGGCGGGGCGGGGACGCUGUCGCAGAGCUACCAGUAUGAGGUGUGUGUGAGUGGAGGGAGUGGGACUGGUGAGUUCAAGUUCAUGAAGCCGAUUAUCCCCAACCUGUUUGGAGAGAAUGCAGACAUAAGUAAUGAAAGUUCCAACUUUAAACAUCACUCUGUUGUUGGUUAGAAAUCUAAGUAUGGGGGAAAUAUGUUUCUAUUAUUUUCAUUGUCACGGAUAGAAGGUGCUUAUCCACACCUCCGUAUAUACUUGUGUGCUGCCAUUUCAGCUUCAUGAGUUCUCUAACCUUUCCUCUAGUUUCCUUGGGCAUUUCACAUGCAUGUGUUUUAAAAUGCCGAGAUACUGUAUUGCUCAGAUUUUCUUUUGGUUAU